CUCUGCGGCAGGGGGAACCCUGCUCAGCAUCUUCCCUUUGCACCCCAGCUUUGCCUCCUUUGGUGUAGCGCCUCUGACCUGACCUUCCCUUUCUUGCAGCGGUCCGGAGGCCAUUGACUACCGUUCCAGCUUGGUGGCAUACAACAACUCCGUACUAUGAUUGGUGGGAUGUAACAACUACACCCCGUUCGCCAGCUCCAAGUUGUGGCGGCUUCUUAUACAAUGGCAGUGGGGUGAUCUCCAGUCCAUCCUACCCUGCGAAUUACCCCAACAACGCCCUGUGUGUGUGGAAAAUCCAAGUCCGUACUGACUAUCUCAUCACCGUGCACUUCACUGACCUGAGGCUGGAGUCUACCAGUAACUGUGCUUAUGAUUAUGUUGAAAUCUAUGAUGGAUCCAUAAAUAGCAAUAAUUUACUAGGAAAGAUCUGUAAUGGCAGUGGGCAAAUAUUUACAUCUACCAACAACCUUAUGACUGUUCGAUUCCGAAGUGAUGGCAGCAUCCAAAACGUUGGCUUUUAUGCCCAGUACAACUCCUUCCCGAGAGGACUUCUUCCUGUAUCGACAAUUCCAUCUGUUCCUUCCACCGACUACCCUAACUUAAAUUAUUCCUGCGGAGGCUUCUUGUCCCAGGCAUCAGGGUACUUUUCCAGCCCGUUCUACCCUGACAAUUACCCAAACAACGCCAGAUGUGUGUGGGAUAUCAAGGUCCCAAGCAACCACCUCGUGACUAUUACCUUCAGAGAUGUUCAGCUGGAAGGAGGCUGCAACUAUGACUACAUUGAGGUUUUCAAUGGCCCCUCACACAGUUCCCCAAUCAUUGCUCGGGUUUGUGAUGGGGCUGUGAGGUCGUUCACCUCCUCAUCAAACUUCAUGUCCAUUCGAUUUGUCACGGACGGCAGCAUCACUCGGAGAGGGUUCCGGGCUGAAUACCGUUCCAUCAGAUCCAAUGACAGCACCAGUCUGUCUUGUUUGCCGGAUCACAUGCUAGCCAGUGUGAGCAGGAGCUACCUCCAGUCUCUGGGCUACUCGGCCAGAGAUAUUGUUAUUCCCUGGUGGAAUGGGAGCUACUUGUGUCAUCCCCAGAUAACACCAACCCAAGUGAUAUUCACAAUUCCCUACAGAAACUGUGGCACCUUCAAGCAGGUUGACAAUGACACCAUCAGCUAUUCCAACCUCCUCAGAGCAGCUGUGACGAAUGGCAUCAUCAAAAGGAGGAAGGACCUCAACAUUCACAUUAGCUGCAAAAUGCUGCAGAACACCUGGGUGAAUACCAUGUACAUAACUAAUGACACGCUCGAGAUCAAGGAAGUCCAGUAUGGCGGCUAUAAUGUCAACAUUUCCUUCUAUACAUCCUCCUCCUUCUCACGUCCUGUGACCAGCAGCCCAUACGUUGUUGACCUGGACCAGAAUUUGUACCUCCAGGCUGAAAUUAUCCACUCGGACACCUCCCUGGCCUUAUUUGUGGACACCUGUGUGGCUUCACCCUAUCCCAACGACUUCACAUCUUUGACCUACGAUAUCAUCCGGAGUGGGUGUGUACGGGAUGUCACCUACCAAACCUACUCCUCGUCAUCACCCCAUAUCGCCCGCUUCAAAUUCAAUUCCUUCCACUUCCUGAACCGUUUCCCCUCAGUGUACCUGCAGUGUAAACUGGUGGUGUGCAGAGCAUACGACUACUCCUCCCGCUGCUACCGAGGCUGCAUAGUGAGAUCCAAGAGGGAUGUGAGCUCCUACCAAGAAAAGGUGGACGUCGUCCUGGGACCCAUCCAAUUGCAGGGCCCCCAUGAAAAGAAGAGCCUGAGUAAGCGGUCACCUUCCGACCCCCAUGCCCACUAAGGCCCAGGCCCAUGACUCUAGAGGACUUGGGAAAUGUUUCUGUGGGUCUCAUGUUCCAACCUCAGUUAAGUACCUGAUAUGAGUCAGACAUUGACUCGUUGAGUCAGGCCUAGUUCCUGCUUUCCCCCAAGGCCCCAGGUCUUUGGGACAUGAGUGAGAGUUCUGAUCUGGAAGACUAUGGACAUAACACCUUUAUCCUGUGAGUGCACAACUCCCAAGACCCACACUUCUCAUCUAUAGAUUGCAAAUGUGAAUGCGUAUUUCUUUGGGCUGUUCAGAGGAUCAA